GGUCCGGGUGAGCCUGCUCGGGAAGGCGGGCAGGGGGCGGGACACGGAGUUUUUUUCCCUCUCUCUCACCCUCCCCCUACACCUUCCCGGAGCAGCUGCGGAGACUCGCAGGUGGAGACAGCGCGCCCCGCCGGCGGGGGCUUCGGCCUCGGGAGCCGCGGAGAUGGCUGCGGGGACCAGGUUGGAGGAUGGUUCAUUGGAUCUCACACAAAGUAUAGAAGAUGACCCCCUUCUAGAUGCUCAACUUCUGCCACAACAUCCCUUGCAUGUUCAUUUCAGACCUAGAUUCCAUGCCCUUCCUACUGUCAUUAUAGCAAAUCUCCUCUUGUUAAUACAUGUUGUAUUUGUUGUUUUAGCAUUUUUAACAGGUUUGCUUUGUUCUUAUCCUAAUCCAAAUGAGGACAAAUGCCCAGGAAACUAUAUCAACCCAUUUAAAGUUCAAACUGUGAUUAUCCUUGGAAAAGUGAUUUUAUGGGUCCUUCAUAUGCUUCUUGAACGUUACAUCCAAUAUCACCAUAGCCAAGUGAGAAACCGAGGCUACAUCAUCAUCUAUAGAUCUACAAGACAUCUUAAAAGACUGUCGUUAAUGAUACACUCUACCGGCAAUGCCUUCCUGCUCCUCAUCCUGUGUAUCCAGCACUCCUUCCCUGAUCAUGGUCCCCUCUAUCUCGACUUUAUUCUGGCAGUCCUGGCCUUGGAGCUGAUCUGUUCCCUGAUAUGUCUAAUCAUUUACACAGUGAAAGUAAGAAGAUUUAAUAAAGCCAAACCAAGACCUGAUAUAAUUGAAGAAGAGAACAUGUAUGCAUAUGCCAAUAAUAGUACCUCAGAGACUGGAUUCAGGACUAGUUCCAGUAUAGAAGAAGUAGUUGAAAAGCAAGGAGAUAUAAUAGAAUACCUGAAACGACAUAAUGCCCUGUUAAGUAAACGACUACUGGCUUUCACAUCCCCUGAUGUCACUUCUCAGCCAAAUAGAGAGUGAAGUCUCCUACAUUUCAGCAUUUCUAGAAUAAUCCAAAUUAAAACGGUUCACCUUGGACUUUCUAAAAGCAAGCUUCUAGAAUUCAAUUAGGGCUUUUGCUGACUUAACUUUUUUGUUUUUUGGGGUUUUUUAAUAAUUUAUGUUGGAAACGAAUUUUGUUUUUAGGUAUUUGGACUUUUUCUUCAGUUAAUACAGCUAUAAGGCUUCUUCCAUAUUUGAAAACUCUGUUUCUAUAAGCAAUAAUUAAACAUAUAGGCUUACAGAUACCCAUUUUUUUCUUAGCCCUUGACAUAAGUUUGAAUUGGUUUAACUACUCAAUUUCUCUAAAGGUGUAAUUUCAGCUUCUCCCCUAUAAAUACAUCCAAAUUAAUUUAAAGCUUCUAUUUCUUAACAGCUUGCUUUUUAGUAAAGGUAGUUAAUCAUUUCAGAAUUUUCUAAACGAAUGAGUUUAGUAUAAAUGUGUUAAAAUUGCUGAAGCCAUUAUGAUUGUGUAAGGCAAAAAAGGACCCUCCGACCAUUUCUAUACACCUGCCUUGUGGUGCUCGGCAAAAACUCAGUUCACUCACAAUAAGGUAGUAAUUACAAAGUUUAAAACAUUAUUUCAUCGCUUUUUAUGAAAGGGACCUUAUGCAGCUGACAAAAAGUAAAUUGAAUUUGUUUCUCUAGUCUCAUCUUAAUUGGUAAUAUAAAGAUAAAGCCAAAUUACCAACCUGACACAUUCAGUUACUAAUAUCUCUCUAACUAUUCAAAUAGUCUAUGAAGGUGGUGAUUAGUCAACUGAAUUAUUUUCUCUCUGCUGGGUAUAAUUUUAGCUGACACAUUUGCCAUUGGUACAUUAAAUGUUUCUUUAGGAAAACCUGAAUUUUUUUUUUUUUUUUUUUUUAGGUUUGGGUGGGAAAGGAUUUUGUAUUGUUUUGGUUUUUGAUCGAGGCUAAUCUUGUGGGUAGAGGAAGAAUGGGUUUCUUCAGUGUUUUGGAAUAUAUUUAUAGAAACUUGUGUAUAUAAUAUAAUAUAUUAUGUAUACAUGUAUAUUUAUCUUUAUUUGAAGACUCAGAAUAGUUUAAUUAUACAUCACUUGCAAGGUGUGCAGUAUUAAGCUCAUCACUUUCAUAACUACUUUUUAAUUAGUGAAUGAAGUGAUGUAUCCUCUUAGGGUGAUUGUGUCACCUGCAAACAGUUCAGAGAGAGAAAAAAGUGUGUGUGUGUGUGUGUUAGGCUGAAAGAAAAAACUGUAGCUUCUGACUGGUUUAAGUGUGUCUGGGCCCUUUUUUAAACUCUAGAUUUUAUCUGGGUUUCCUGCUUUGUAUUCAUCAAUUUGUACCUUAGUGCCAUGACAUUUAUAGCAAGUAUCUUUAUCCUUCAUUCUAAGAAAAGCUAUUAAAUUCUGCCUUCAACUUUCCUACCAUUCUUUAAGGUAUGUAGAAGACAGAUUAUUUUGCACCUCAAUUUGGUAUUUGCAAUUCCAUUUUAAUCAUUUUGUAAGAAUUAUGGAAUAUGUUUUGGUUUAAAUAACAGAUAUGUUCUAGAGAUUUAUUUAGGAUACUCAGACUUUGAUAUUUGUGUGUGUAUGUAUGUGCCCGUCUGUACUUUGUUUCUAAACUGAAUUAUAAAUUCUUUGAAUUGUUAAAACAAUAAAUGCUACUGAAAAAGUUGA